UUGAGUGUGUAGAGUUUGUAUGUUGCUGCGAAAAUAAAGGUCGAUAUAUAACUGAUGCAGGGAACAUUGGUUUUCCAGAGAUAUUGAGGCCCUGCAUGUGUUGUUCUUCUACACUCCUUAGGCUGUUGGGUGGAACCAAGACUCAUUAAUGACUACAAUAUCAUGAUUCCAUGUCCUCACCUCAUCUGACUUUUUUUGUUGUUUUCUGUUGGUUUUUAAAAGCUUCCCAAUAUUUAUUGCUCUAUUAUUUGCCCUCUCUUUGGCUUUUAUGUUGGCUUUGGCUUCUCAUUUCACCCAUGAUUGUGUCCUUUAGAGUGCUUCAUUGGGAUGUAUCUACCACGCUCCUCCUGAAUUGCUCCCAGAAACUCCAGCCAUUGCUGCUCCAUCAUGAUUCCUACCAGCUUUCCCUUCCAAUCAAGUUUGGCUAGCUUCUCUGUCAAAGAAGCAUGGAGAAGUUCAGUGCAGAAAAAGGCCAUUUGUCCCAUCUAGACAAUGCUGAAAACUUUGAUGCUGUCUAAUGAAAUGACCUGCACCGGGACCAUAGCCCUCCAUACUCCUACCAUCCAGGUUAAAAAUGACAAGGAAUUGUCUACGGGAAUCUCGAACAGAACACACCAGUUUUGCUGAAUCUGUCCAGAUAUUUAAGAAGUGGAGCAAGGGAUUCACUCAAUCACCCUUCCUGCUCAGACAGUCGGGAGGAAUUCACUCGAUCAUCUGACCGACUGGCACGCCCGUCAUUUUACACGGGGGGAACCCAUUCAUCUGCUCAGACAGUGGGAAUGGAUUCAGUCAGUCAUUUCAACUGAAGGUACCUCAACAAGUUCACACUGGGCAAGGUCAUUCACUUGUUCUGUGUGUGAGAAGGGAUUCAGUCUGUCUUCCCACCUGUGGACACAUCAGUCAGGUCACACUGGGCAGAGGCUGGUCAUCUGCUGAAUUUGUGCAGAAGGAUUCACUCGGUCAUCUGACCUAAUGGCUCACCAGCGAGUUCACACUGGGGAGCGGUCGUUCACCUGCUCAGACUGUGGGAAGGGAUUCACUUGCUCAUAUAAACUGAAGGAACAUCAGCGAGUUCACACUGGAGAGAGGCCGUUCACCUGCUCAGGCUGUGGGAAGGGAUUCACUCGGUCAUACGACCUACAGAGACACCAGCGAGAUCUCAGCGGGGAGAGGCCAUUCACCUGCUCAGACUGCGGGAAGGGAUUCACUCAGUCAUCCCAACUGAAGGUACAUCAGCGAGUUCACUCUGGAGAGAGGCCGUUCACCUGCUCAGUCUGUGGGAAGGGAUUCACUUGCUCAUCCCAACUGAAGGUACAUCAGCGAGUUCACACUGGGGAGAAGCCAUUCACCUGCUCAAACUGCAGGAAGGAAUUCACUCGGUUAUACGAUCUACUGGUACACCAGCGAAUUCACACAGGGGAGAGGCCAUUCACCUGCUCAGAUUGCGGAAAGCGAUUCACUCACUCAUCCCAACUGAAGGUACAUCAGCGAGUUCACACUGGGGAGAAGCCAUUCAUCUGCUCAGACUGCGGGAAGGGAUUCACACAGUUAGCUAACCUACAAGUACACCGGUCAGUUCACACUGGGGAGCGGCCGUUCACCUGCUCAGUGUGUGGGAAGGGAUUCACUCGAUCAUCUGAUCUACAGAUACACCAGCGAGUUCACACUGGGGAGAAACCAUCCACCUGCUCGGACUGUGGGAAGCGAUUCACUUCCGCAUCCCAACUGAAGGUACAUCAACGAGUUCACACUGGAGAGAGGCCAUUCACCUGCUCAGACUGUGGGAAGGGAUUCACUUCCUCAUCCCAACUGAAGGUACAUCAGCGAGUUCACACUGGGGAGAGGCCAUUCACCUGCUCAGACUGUGGGAUGGGAUUCACUGUGUCAUCUCACCUACUGAGACACCACUCAGUUCACACUGGGGAGAGGCCAUUCUCCUGCUCAGUCUGUGGGAAGGGAUUCACUUGCUCAUCUAAACUGAAGGUACAUCAGCGAGUUCACACUGGAGAGAGGCCAUUCACCUGCUUAGACUGUGGGAAGGGAUUCACUUCCUCAUCCCAAAUGAAGCUACAUCAGCGAGUUCACACUGGGGAGAGGCCAUUCACCUGCUCAGACUGUGGGAAGGGAUUCACCUUGUCAUCUCACCUGCAGAGACACCAGUCAGUUCACACUGGGGAGAGGCCAUUCAUCUGCUCACUCUGUGGGAAGGGAUUCACUUGCUCAUCUCAUCUACAGAGACACCAGCGAGUUCACAUCAGGUAGAGGCCAAUCACCCCCUCAGACUGUGGGAAGGGAUUCAUUUGCUCAUCCCAACUGAAAGUACAUCAGUGAGUUCACACUGGAGAGAGGCCACUCACCUGCUUAGACUGUGAGAAGGGAUUCACGUUGUAAUCUCACCUACUGACACACCGGUCAUUUCACACUAGGGAGGCUGUUCACCUGCUCAGUGUGUGGAAUGGGAUUCAUUCAGUCAUCUCAACUACAGAGACACCAGCGAGUUCACACUGGGUAGAGGCCGAUCACCUCCUCAGACUUUGGGAAGAGAUCCUCUCAGCCAAAUCAACCAAAUGUGCAUCAUUGAGUUCACACUGGGGAGAGGCCGCUCACCUGCUGUGAAUGUGGGAAGCGAUUCACUCAGUCAUCUAACCUUAUGUAACUGUGGCUUUGGGUAGCAGCUUAAUAUUGGUGGUGAUAGCCCCCCAGCUUGGCCAAACUUAAGAAAUUUUGUUUGGGUGGAUGCUGCAUGAUGUAUCCCCUGUUACAAAUCAGUACUCCAAAAUAACAAACGGUACACAAUAUGUGAUUAAACGUUUGAGCUUUAUAGUUCUUACUUUGACUAUAGGGUUAGUAAAGAAAAAAAAAAGAAAAAGGGCCCACUCUCUCCAUUCGUGUCUUGUCCUCUUGUUAAUAAGUGCGCAUGCGCCGGUUGUGCGUGCAGCCUGUUACAGCCGUUCCGAUGGGAUUCUUACAUUUUUCUUCUUACUUUUAACUUACGUUAUUUUUUGUUUUUUUUUCACGGUAACACGUCGAAGCUGCAUUCUCUCCAACAUGCUGGUAGAGAGAGUUUUAUUUGGGUUUUUAGCGUUGGAAAUAGUUACAUCCCGACACGCGGGACAGAAGCGUGGUCGCAUUGUUCAUUCCAGGGACCAGCUGAGCAAAUAGACUGGUCCUGGACUUUUUUCCAUCUGGCAUAGUUUGCAUUUUGUUGUUUGAUUGUUUGUGGUUUUUGUAUUGCUAUAUUUAUGCUUUAUUCUUGGUUGGUGCGGCUGUAACGAAACCCAAUUUCCCUCGGGAUCAAUAAAGUAUAUCUAUCUAUCUAUCUAUCUCUCCCCAGCAAAGGACCACGAAAUUCUCUCUUCCAGACUCACAAGAAAGAAAAACAUUUCUCUCAUUAGAUAGCCCCGCAUCCCAAAACCCUGUUGUCUCUAGUUGUAACCUAAACAUUGCUGCUACAGAGAAACCAUUAGCUCAGCAGUGAAACAAUACAGAGAGGCCAUUACAUUAACAGUGAAACCUCACAGCAUUUACACUUGUGACACACUACCAGGUUCACACUGGGGAGAAAGUUUCAAUAAGCUGCAUGCUGGAUAUUUGUCCAUCACCGUUGCUGAAUGCAAAUUUGAGAGUGACUGCCGGUGCUGAACUCUGCUAUUAUUGCUGCUGCUCACCACACCCAGUUCUGCACCCUGGUCACUGGGCAUGGGAGGAGUUUCUCCUGCUGCACAUUCACCUUUAAUGGGACUGGAGUUUAAUAUUCUGAAUCUGAGACAAAUAAAUCAGUUCUAUUUUACACUCUGUCUCUGGUACUUAGUGAAUUUAUAACACAUCUAGUGUACAGUAAAGAGUCAACUCAGGCCGGCUGGACCCUGCCAGUGAUUCUAUUCCAUGACAGUCCUUUUAAAUCCUCCCCUGUUGUUCACCUCUUGCUCUCCCUGUGGUGAUGGGUUCCAAAUAGUCACCACUCUGUGGAUGAAGAGGUUUCCCUUGAAUUCUCUGCAGGCGGAAGAAGUUGAGCUGACUGCAGUUCUGUCUGAGAUGUUCUUCGCCCCUGAAAUCUCUGGGCUGAGGAAGAGUGACAUUGGUAGUUAACCUCCUUAUUCAGGGCUCAUUUCCACAUUAUGGGUCAUUUUCCCUGCUUCUAAAGGGUUGUUAGAAAACACCACUGCUCUCUAAAGACUGAAAGCAGAAUGGGAAACCAUUAGUUGGAUGUUCAACAGGGCAGGGUCAGAAACCAGAGGCGGGUCUGCACAGGGCAGAGUUUGGGGCUCUGGACGAUGGUCGGAGUAAGAACGUAUGAUGAGGAGAAGGGAAUCAGCAGUGGGGCGUGGCAAUGAAUGACAGAGUAGCAACAUUUGAAAGCUGAUUGACGGGGAAAAUAAUUUGGUUGUCUGAAUGAUGACACAAACAAUACCUGUAGUGAGGUGCUCCGCUGGUUGAGGAACGUGUGUGUUGGGAAUGGUUAUACCUAUUGAGGGAGUUGUUCCUACUUGUUUAUCCAGUAAUAUUAUAUCUGGAUGGUUAUUUUAGUUUAUCCUAUCUGUAAUAAUGUACUGAAUCAUAUAAAUUGUGAGUUCCUGUCCUUAAAUGGAUCAGGCUUCAAUUUAUGGUGCCUUGAUGAAGUUAUCGUGGUCAUUCAUGAGUUCGUAUUUUAAAGCAAGAUUUUGGUGAAUGAUAUUUGCCACUUGAUUGUACCUUUGUAAGUAAUCAGAUUGAGUUAAACUGCUGCAGGAUCCUGGAAUGUAUUGGAUUGUGUCUGGUUUCUCUUGGCAUUUUCUGCAUUUAUUGCCUUGUUUGUAUUGUAUGUUUGAUUUUUAUUUUCUUUUUGUUAACCACCUUGUCCUGUAUUUCUGCGAGGAACCCCUCUGUUUCUGGGAAGAGGUCUCCAACUCUCAGUCAGGUGCUCAAUGCUUCCUUUGCAACAUCUAGUCUGCUCACAUUAUUGGGAUGUCUCCCAUGGAGGGUCAUACUCAUUCCACUGGUUAACAUUUUCUUCCAUAUUGAUGAUUUAUUUUUCUGAGUUAGCUUCUCAUUUAAGUUUUCUGGUCGGUAUUUCUUAUCAUGAUUGCAUAUACAUAUACGGAGUGCUGAAUCCUGUUCAUUUUUGAUCCAAAUAUAUACUUAGAAGUUUUAUCUGACUGUUGUGUGAUUUUUUUCAUGUGUGUUAUUCCUCUUCCUCCUUCUGUCCAAGGUAGUGUUAAUCUAAGUGGGUCUCAGUGUAAAUAGUCUUUUCUACCUAAGGGGUUUCUUCUUUUAUGUUACUACAAAGGCUCCUAAAAUGGCUUCUUUGUUAUGUUAUAAUAAAAGUGGCUUUUCUGUAAUAAUAACUGCGAUGUAAGGAGUUCUCCCUCUCCCUCAUUGAUAAGAGAGUGAACGAACCAAUGAGUAACCAUGUGAUUUUUUUUGUGGGUGAUAUUCUGUCUCAUAUGGCUGGGAACCGGGUGGUUUGGCAGGUGUUUCGUGAGGAGACCCGAACAGGAAGGAUGUGGUGGCAGCGCUCUGGUCGACCACCGUGGUUGGUCCCGAGCGGCGAGUCAAGGGGGUCAGAGGGGAUCUCAUGGUGGAAAGAGGACCCCGUUAACUGAGCUCCAACGGUUGUGCACGAAGUGGUUGAACUCUGAUAAGUCUGGUGCCUUUUACUUUCCCUUUUAAUAUUGUAUCUCUAUUAAUUACAUAGUUCCAGUGCGAUUUAUAAAGUGCAAUCUGUAAAUCGUACAUUGUGUGCUGUCCGAUAUUUGAUGUGUGAGUUUGUACCAGGUGGCAUUACACAGCAAAUACGCAAACCAUGAGACACGGUUGGACGGGCGGACGGGGUUUCCCCGAGAUAAACACGAGCCGACAGACCUGAGCGUUACAUAGGCUAUCGAUCAUCAAGCCGCAGCUCCAGAUCCCUGACACGGUCUCUCAGAAGCUGUACCUCGGUGCAUCUGGCGCAGAUCUGGCCAUCUGGGAGACUGGACGAUCCCCGGGAUUCCCACAUCUUACACCCAGAGCAAAGUACUAACCCUACAGACAUGCUCUGGUACAUGUUCGUAUGCUCAAUAGACAUGUUCACUGCUUAACCGCCUGGAGGAGGGAACGAGAUGAGAGAUGUCCAAAUCUGCUGACAACACAGAAACAGAGGAAAGAAAUCUAAUGACGACGUUGUGAUUCUGCAUCAGGUAGUUCAAAAGGCAGAUUGUAUUUUGGCUAUCACCGCUCAGGGAGUAGAGCAGCGGUAGGCAUCCUACGGCCCGCGAAGGUAUUUUGACCUGCCCGCGAGCAAAUAAUGAGAUACUAUGCUUAUCCGGCCCACGAGCGAUUUUUGCUUCGUUACACGCGGCCACACUGAUGGACAUGCAUGGUGUCUAGUUACACCGGCCCCAGGUUCCGUUUUGUUCCAAACCACACUGGUAUAUACCAAUGACGGGAAGGCGGACUACCUUAUUACUAUAUAUUAGAUACUCUCCGUGCACACGCAGGUUUUCAGAUGGAUCGUUCAAAUUUGUAAACAGAAACAGCGUCAUUGUGUCUUAAACAAGAAAUCCACGCUAAAUAUCCAAAUAUUUACAUGUGCUACAAUACUUGUUGAAUAACUCGCGUUUCGAAAUAAAGUCAAAUUAAAAAAUUCCAAUGACAAUGAAUGCAAAACGCAGGAAGGUAGACGCUAAGUGCCGAAAAAGCAGUGAAAAUGAAGGAAAUACCUGUGCCAGCUACGAAAGUCUCAAAACGUAUUGCAGAAAAGAUGAAGCCUUUUACAAAUGGAGAGUUUGUCAAAGAACGUUUACUGGCAGUGGUGGAUAUUGUUUGUCCUGAAAAGAAAUCUUUACUUGCAUCUAUCAACCUGUCAGCAAGAACGAUCACAAGGCGAGUUGAGGAAACGUCAGCAGAUGUUAAAAGUUGUAAGGGAUGCCUGCAACGAAUUGCAUUCUUUUUCAAUUGCGCCUGAUGAGAGUGAAGACUUGAGAGACACUGCUCAACUUGCACUGUUUUUGCGAGGAGUGAGCUCAAUUUUUCAAAUUUUUGAAGAGAUUAUUCAAUUAACUCUUGUAAAGGGCACGGUUACUGGAGCAUAUAUUUUUGAAGCUUUGCUGAAAAUGACGUCAGAAAUGAAACUUAAUGUGUCGAAGUUAAUUGGCAUCACAACUGACGGGGCACCAGCAAUGGUGGGACAGAAAACUAAACUGAGUUUUUGUUUACCGAUUGGCAUCCUUGGUUAAGCACAAAUGAUUUUCUAGCAUGGGUUAUUCAUUAAUUUGAGGCAAAACUUAACUAGAUGUGUUUAAAUGGAUAAUUCCCAUAUUUCAGGUUGUUAAUGGUAUUUAACUGGCCCACCAUCGGCUCAUUAAUACGCGAUCCGGCCCACAGAGGCAAAAAGGUUGCCGACCCCUGGAGGAGAGAUUAUGUCCUGGGCCGGUGCAGCUACCAUUGUACAGGGUGUUAGUGAGGCCACACCUGGAAUCCUAUGCAGGGUUUCAAUGCCCAAGCAGAAAGAAAUCUUAAGAGUAGCUAUGGAGCCAGCCAGAGCAGUUUUACCAGUGUAAUACAUGGGAUGAUUUACUAGCAGAGGUGAGAUGAUUUGGCCCUGAAUUUAGAACAUAUUCACAAACGAUAGGGUAUUUGUGGAGCAUCCUGAUAGAGUAUCUCUCCUUGUAAGUUCUAGUGCCACAGAGAGGGUCGACGAUGGAUGCUCACGUCAAAUGGAAAUGUGUGAAAAUUCCUGGAAUUUUAUAUCUUCUAUUUAAUUUCGCUUUGUGUUCAAUGAGGUAUCUAUCAGAGCGUACAAUCUUUGAGAUUCACUGCCCGGAGGGUGUGAAGGCCGGUUGGCUGGGUAUUUUUGGGGUGGAGAUAGAUAAUUAAUUAAGAGGAGCGAGGGGAAUGAACACGGGAUCUUAGAUCAUACACGGUCGUAUUGAAUAAUCAUCAGAUCAUAAGACACAGCAGGAGAAUUUUUCUCCAUCUCUAUUCUAAACGGAGGUCCCGCUAUUCUGUGGGCGGGUUCCCCUGGUCCCCCACUACAGGAAAAAUCCUAUCCACAUAAACUCUUUCUCAGUUUUUCGGUAUUCGAGAGCCUCCCUCAUUUUUUUUUCUAAACUCUAUUGGAUACAGGCCCAGAGACAUCAAAUGCUCCUCACGCGUUAACCCUGUCAGCCUCGGAAUCAUUUUUAUGAACCUCCUCUGGACUCUGUCCAAUUCCAGCACAUUUUUCCUGAGAUAAGUCCCUACACUGCUCAUGGUAGUUCGCGUGGUUUAACCAAUGCCUUAGAACGUCUCAACAUUGUAUCCUUAUGAAUACAAUAUAACAUCAAUGAAUACAAUGGUAACAUCAUAUUUAGAUAACUUUUCAGGUGAAUACCCAGAGUGGAGAGUAGAAGGAAAGGCGAUGGGCAGUAAUUUGUUUGUACUGGAAGGAGAAAUCGAUAUUCAUGCCUUCAAGUUGGAGCUACGCAGGUGGAAUAUGCUGUGUUUCUCUUCAACCCUGAGGCUGUCAAGUUGAGCAACUCCAGCCAUUGCUAUUCUGCCGUUAUCCUUGUUCGUGUCCCCUUCCAGUCAACUUUGGUGAGCUCUUCUCCCGUGCCUCCGUAGUUCCCCACACUCCACUAAUAAUGAUGCAUCUUGUACCUUUUCCCUCUCAAAGUGCAGGGUGAAUUGUAACAUGUUAUCAUCACUGCGUCCAUGUGUCCUUUACCAUAAGCUCUCUGAUCAAAUUUGGUUCAGUAAACAACACCCAAUCCAGACUUAGCUUUUCUCUAGUGGGCACAAUUACAAGCUGUUCUAAAAGGCAUCUCAUUGGUAUUUUCCGAAUUCCCUCUCUUGAGAUCAAGCACCAACCUGAUUUUCAUAAUCUACCUCCACCCAUCCCGCUCAUGGACUGUUUGUCCCACUCCCAUCAGGGGGUAGACUACGCAGCAUCCUCACCACGACUACCAGCCUCUAGGACAGCUAUUUUACCCAAGCAGAAAGGCUGAUAAAUAUCUCCACCCACUAACCCACCCUUCCACACCACCAAACACCUCCACUUUAUCAUUUCCUGUCUGUCAUCUUAUGUGCAGACAAUCUAUGCUGAGCGUCGCUUUAUGGACAGACAAUCAAACUGUUCACAGUAUAUAAGCUGUGGAUAUCUGUUUUAACUAUUGUGUUUUUGUGCUGCAUUGGAGCCGGAGUAAUAAUUAUUUCGAUCUCAUUUACACUUAUCUGCUGGAAAUGGAAUUAAACAACCCUGAAUCUUGAAUAAACAUUUCAGCAGGCAGCAGCGUCACAUUUCUGUCUCUCAGCGUUAUUGCGGCAGAGCGGCACUUAGUGACAAUGGAGUCCACAGAUCGGGGGGUCCUGUUAUUGAGGCAAAUCACCACCAAGUGGAAGUGUUGUCCACAAAAGGAAGAGGUUUACAGCGAUAAGGAGGGGUGUAGGGGGUUGGAAGCCAACUCUGCCCCAAACCACUCUCCUCACCACUAGUCAGGGUCCCAAAUUGUCCUUCCAUAUGAGGCAACUUUUCAACAUCGUGACUGUUGGGCUCAUCUACUGUUUCCAGUUUUCCAGGUGUGGCCUCCUCGACAUUAGUGAAACCCGAUGUCGUCUCUGCAUUCUGCACUCUGUCCCGAUGAGAUUCUGCAGAUGUUGGAGAUGCAGAGAAACAUACACAAAAUGUUGGAGGAAGUCAGGAGGUCAGGUAGCUUCGAUAGAGGUGUAUAAAGGAAAACAGAGAUUUCCUGCCGAGACCCUUCAUCAGGACUGGAAGUGGAGAGAAGCAGGAAGAAGAUGGUGCGGGGAGUGGAAAGAGUCCAAGCUGGUAGAUGAUCGGUGAAGCCAGAUAAGAGUGAAGAGCCACACAACCCCACCACCAGCUUGUUCUUGGCUUGUUCUCUCAAGAAACAUAUAGAGUAAGUAUCUGGGAAACAAGAGGACCUGCAGAUGCUAGAAAUCUAGAGAACUACACACAAAGUGCUGGAGCAGCUCAGCAUGUCAGGCAGCAUCUAUGGAUGGGAAUCAACAUUUCAGGCCAAGACCCUUCGUCGGGACUCUGGAUACCCACGUAUCUGGAAUAUCAACAAGCAAAGAAAAUAGAAAGUAGUGCAAAAUAGGGAAAACAUUUGAAAAAAUUUAGUUCAAGGCUUAAAAAGACCUGCCAAACAGAGCUCAAUAGUUAACAAAUACAACAAGGGUAAUAAACACUUUCAUCAAAACCGGCAUUAACUUUUUUUUUAUGGAAGUAUCUUGGUCCCAUUUCAAUCAGUAAAAUUUACAAAGAUAAAUAAGAACCGAAACGACAACUUUAGAAAAAAACUAUUUACACUGAGACCCACUUAGAUUAACACCACCUUGGACAGAAGGAGGAAGAGAAAUAACACACAUGAAAAAAAAAAUCACACAACAGUCAGAUAAAACUUCUAAGUAUAUAUUUUCAUCAAAACUGAACAGGAUUCAACACUCCAUGUGUGUAUAUGCAAUUGUGAUAAAAAAUACAGACCAGAAAACUUAAAUGAGAGGCUAACUCAGAAAAAUGAAUCAUCACCAUGGAAGAAAACAUUAACCAGUGGAAUGAGUAUGACCCUCCAUGGGAGACAUCCCAAUGAUCUGAGCAGACGAGAUGGUGACAAGGAAGCAUCGAGCACCUGACUGAGAGUUGGAGACCUCUUCCCAGAAAUACAGGACAAAGUGGUUAACAAAAAGGAAGAAAAAAAUCAAAAAUAUACACAGUACAAACAAACAGGGCAAUAAAUGCAGAAAAUGCCAAGAGAAACCAGACACAAUCCAACACAUUCCAGGAUCCUGCAGCAGUUUAACUCAAUCUGAUCACUUACACAGGUACAAUCAAGUGGCAAAUAUCAUUCACCGAAAUCUUGGUUUAAAUUACAAACUCAUGAAUGACCUCCAUCACUUCAUAAAGGCACCAUAAAUUCAAGCCUGAUCCAGUUUUAGAGUCAAAAUCUUAAAAAUUAUAUUAUAAUACAUUAUUUCAGAUAGGACAAUCCAUAAUAACCAUCCAGAUAUAAUAUUACAGGAUAAACAACAGGAACAACCCCCUCAAUAGAUAAACCAUUCCCAACACACACGUUCCUCGACCAGUGGAGCACCUCACUACAGGUAUUGUUUGUGUCAUCAGUCAGACAACCGAAAGAUUUUCUCUGUCAAUCAGCUUCCAAAUGUUGCUACUCUGUCAUUUGUUGCCAUGCCCCGCUGCUGAUUCCCUUCUCCUCAUCAUACGUUCUUACUCCGACCAUCGUCCUCAGCCCCAAAGUCUGCCUUGUGCAGACCCGCCUCUGGUUUCUGACCCUGCUCCAUUGAACAUCCAACCAAUGCUUUCCCAUUCUGCUUUCAGUCUUUAGAGAGCAGUGGUGUUUUCUAACAACCCUUUAAAAGCAGAGAAAUGACCCAUAAUGUGGAAAUGAGCCCUGAAUAAAGAGGUUAACUACCAAUGUCAUUCUUCCUCAGCCCAGAGAUUUCAGGGGUGAUGAACAUCUCAGACAGAACUGCAGUCAGCUCCACUUCUUCAGUCUGCAGAUAAUUCAAGGGAAACCUCUUCACCCACAGAGUGGUGACUGUUUGGAACCCAUCACCACAGGGAAAGCAAGAGGUGAACAACAGGGGAGGAUUUAACAGGACUGUCGUGGAACAGAAUCACUGGCCAGGUCCAGCCGGCCGGAGAUGACUCUCUACUGUACACUAGUUGUGUUAUAAAUUCACUAAGUAUCAGAGGCAGAGUUUAAAAUAGAACUGAUUUAUUUGUCUCAGAUCCAGAAUAUUAAACUCCAGUCCCAUUAAAGGUGAAUAUGCAGCAGAAAAAACUCCUCCCAUGCCCAGUGACCAGGGUGCAGAACUGGGUGUGGUGAGCAGCAGCAAUAAUUGUGGAGUUCAGCACCGACAGUCACUCUCAAAAUUGCAUUCAGCAACGGUGAUGGACAAAUAUCAGCAUGCAGCUUAUUGAAAAUUCCUCCCCAGUGUGAACCCAGUAGCAUGUCACAAGG